AUGGUUCGCCUGUUCUGCUGUAUCUACGGCGAGAAGGGUAGUGCGUUCUGUGCGAGUGUCGAUGCUGAGGAUAUUGUCGGCGAGCUGAAGGACGUGAUCGCAGCGAAGCUAAAGGUGAAGUUCCCCGCAAACCGCCUGCGGCUCUUUUUGGCGUAUCACGACGGCGCAUGGCUGAAGUCCGAGUCGGACGAUGUCAAGAAGCUCAACAAGGGUAGACAGACUGCUGUCCUCGUCGCGCUCACUGCCCAAGACAAAGAGCUAAGCAUGUGCGAAUACGUUGGUGAAGUGUUGAAGGAUAAACCAAAGCCGACAUGUGGACAAAUUUACCUGCUUGUGAAGGCUCCGCGUGGCUCAAUCUGGGAUGACUACACAUGGGACCCACCUACAGUCGAGCAUAAGAUUCUAUCGGCCUCGCAGCAAUCCGUGGUCAGACUGUCGUCUCCUGUUGGCUCAGGAGCAGCUUUAGUUGUGGACCGAACGACGACGCACGUGUAUUUGAUGACCAGCUUACAUUUGUGGAUUGACGAGGCAUUUGCCGAGCACUUGAGCGACAAAUUCAAGUAA